CUUCGAGUUACCCAUAUGUUGCACGUCUACCCAUUUUUCCUCCCGUGCAUUGUGAGAAGUUUUUAUUGAAGAAUUCUGUUCUUGACAAUGCGUAGAAUCUCUGGGGUGUUUGUUUAUGAACUGUCGAUCGUAUCGUCGGGGUUGUCGUCGGGGAGAAAGAGAUCUCGAAAAUCGAACGAACAAUUUUUUAACAAGGAAAGUUUACCGCAAAACUUAGACUCGAUGAAAGAACACAGCACGAACGUUUCCGCCUGUUUGUUAACCGGGCCAGCGGCUUUGCCGCUGGCUCAAGUCAUGAAGCCACCAUUUAGCUUGUUUUUUGUUUCUUGCGUUCAAGCAAUGCCUGCGAUGCACGAGCCGCAUCGUGUACUACUUUGAAACAGGUGCUCCUCCGUUGCCAACACAAAUUACGAUCACACAGAAAAGAUCCCAAUACAGAAUCGUCAACUGUCGAAUUCUGCAUUAUAGAAACCUGAGUACUUCUAGUUUCAGUUUGUCCACGUAAUUCAUUAUCCCGAAUUUUUCCCCUGCUGAUACACCCAUUGAAGUCAUGUCUUCUGGAAAUCCUACGAAUUCAACGGUUCUUUCUAGCAAUACCACUGUCCUCUCUCCGCAGCAGUCAUUCUCCAACACCUGUCCAGUCGGCACCACUAAAUUUUCCACCUACGCCUCCACCUGCACCGCCUGCGACCCAGAACAAACCACCAAUGCCUUUCCCGCCGGCACCCUAUGUCCUGGUGGCGACGGCAGUGCGCAGGAGCCCCGACUGUGUUCCGCGGGAAGCUUCUGUCCGGAUGCCGCGACGGAAAUUUCCGUGCCGGACAACCACUACUCCCGCGCGGGGUUCGUGUCGGCGGUGAAAUGCUCCUGGUGGGCGGACUGCGACGCCGGGGCGGAUACCAUGGGUAUCGCCACGGUGUACAUGGUUUGUUUGCUGGUUUUUUACCUUGCCCUGCUCGCCUCCGUGCAGUACGCGGUGUGGAAAAGGAAGAUUCUGCACCGGCUGCAGGGCGAGCACGCAAGCGAGGACAAAGAUUGGGUGGCCGAUAAAGUGGACCUGUUUCUGACCAAAUUAGGCGCUCUGAAUACCUUACAGCACCCAGGGCCAUCUUCAGGAGCGGUGAACGGGAAUAAGCCCCGCCCUGGAGCACAGAAUAGAAGCGGGACAGCAGCGACCGAGGAACUACAAAAGGAAGAAAAUGGCACGAUCAGCAAGAUGAACAAGUCCAAGAGAGGGUUUCAGGGGUUCACGGAGAAGUUCCCCCCCGUCACCGUUGAAUUCCAUCGCGUGUCUUUGUUUCUGAAAUCCAACCAUUCGAAAAUUGUUGACGAUGUGUCCGUGUCCCUCCCCGGCCGCUGCGUCGCGGCGGUGAUGGGCCCGUCGGGAUCUGGGAAAACCAGUUUAUUGAACGCCAUCACGGGAAGAGCGUCGGUGUAUGCGGAUAUAACCGGCGAGAUAAAAAUCGCAAACCAGAAGGACGCCCUGAAGAAGUUCCCGAACGAAAUCGGGUUUGUCCCCCAGGACGACGUCAUGCUCGCGGAUUUAACGGUGUACGAGAAUUUGUAUUUUCAAGCCCAGCUCCGCUUACCGCAAGAGAUGAGUACGUUUCAGAAGAAGGCGAUCGUGGAGGACGUUCUGUCCGUUUUAGAGAUCCAGCACAUCCGGAACAGCAUCGUGGGCGAUAACGCCGAGAGCAACAAGCGCGGCAUUUCCGGCGGGCAGAAGAAGCGGGUGAACAUCGGUCUGGAAUUGGUGUCUUACCCCCGCGUGCUCUUUCUCGACGAGCCCACCAGCGGGCUGGACAGCACCGCCGCGCUCGAGGUGGCGCGGUGUUUAGCGAAACUGGGGGAGCUUGGCAUCACCACGAUCUGCGUGAUUCACCAGCCGAGGUUCUCGGUGUUCGAGCUGUUCACGCACCUGGUUUUGCUCGCACCUGGGGGCAAGCUCGUGUACAGUGGGCCGACGACAGCUGCGCAAGCUGCGAAACUGGUGGCGAGCGGGGGAGGAGGUGUCGUUGGUGGAGCUUUAACCCUGAACACCAACCCUUCCCCCACUACCUCGCCGAGAGUUGUUGUUGGGAACAACAGUGGCAGCGCAAAUCAACAUUUUUCUCCAAUAUCUCAAACGGGCGGGGUCCGUGAGUACUUCGAGUCUCUGGGGUUUCACGUGCCGGCAGGCGAAAAUGUUGCGGACUGGAUCAUGGAUAUUCUCUCUGGCAGCGUCGUUCGCGCGGGACCAAAGCUGAACGUGAAGAGAUCUGGUGGCAAAAACGCAGUCAUGAGGACAAGAGGUUACAUGCAGUUCACGAGCAAUAAAGAGUCCUCGAAACUAACAGGCUCCAGCACCGCCGCAACUCCAGCCACCACGCAGGAGUUGGUGGCGGAAUGGGCAGCGAGAGACAGCAGAAAAAGCUCGGAGACCACGAGCGGAAACGCUGGUUCGAAUCUCAAUGGAGGAGCGUCUCCACGACCUCCCGGGGUGGAUAAAAACGCCAGUCCAAGGACCAGUACAGCAAGUGUAGUACAGCUACCUUCACAAAACGCUGCAACUCCACGGACUGCUGGAGCUACUGCUGCUGGAGCGGGCGCUUUAACUGCACAAAUGAAUAACAAACUGGCACCCGCUCCGGCGAAAAACAAGAAGCUCUCUGCCCAGGAGAGAAUGGAAAAGCGUCUGACCGAGUUCGACGAGCACUUGGUCAAGAAAAUUCGCAAAGUACUACGGGACAUUGAACUUGACUUCGGCGUGCCCGCCGACGAAAUGCGCUCCCACCUCGCCGCAGAGUUGCUGGUGCUGGACGUCACGGCGUUUCAAUUGCUUUGCAGCGGCCUGGACUUGAAGCUGGAGAAGGUGAAAAAUGGAAUAUUGAAGAAGGGUGUCGGAAGCAUUGUACAAUCACGCAACAGAGCCGAUCGUGAGCAGGAGGAGCUCCAGGCCGUUGAGCAAAGCCUGCACAUUCACCGUGUGGAGGCGUUGAUGUUGAAUCUCGGCGGAAAGAUCGCGGACAAAGACGAUGUGGAUUGGUUUGAGAACAAACUGAAUCUGUACCACAUCGACACGGGCGAUGUUUUUCUCUCGGUCCAAAUGCUCUUAAACCGCCACGGCGCGCUGGCGAAAAUGCAAGCGGUGUCGCACUCUCCACGGGACGGAACAACAAACAGUGAGUUUUUGUCCCCUAGAAGUUCUGUUUCCGAGAACGCUGGUGCGGACAGUAAUCCAACGCUGUCUUGCGCUGCAUCAAGAGCAGGUCUCCAAUCCCGCAACGCUCCGGGCUUCCUUGAGCAGACCGAAGUGCUGGCGAAGCGCAGUUUUGCGCAGUUUUCUCCCAUGCAAUUCUUCCUGAAGUCCGGCACGGCAACGGCGGUCGGGUUCCUGAUUGGGGCGGUGAGUGGCACGGAGCUGAGCUACCGCUGGUUUCUGACCAAGCUUGUCGCCCUGCCCGCGACGGUGUACGCGAUUUUGGCGGCGGCGUUGAGUUUAGAAGUUUUCACAUCCGCGGAAAAACGGGUGUUCAGACGCGAGAUGCGGUGCUACACCGGGUUUGUCAGCUGCGUGCCGUGUUUGGUCGGGGAGAAUAAAGCUGGAAGGAACAAUACAUCCGGACAAUCGAAGGGAAACAAGAAUAAGUGGAACAUAUUGAACAACACCAUGAACAUACGCAACGCGCUGUCAAAAAACGUGCUCUUCGGAGGUGGAGGUGGGAACAGUAGUAAAAGCGGAAAUACUACUUCUGACACAUCUCAGACCAGCAAGGCUAUUGCACCGGAGGGGGGAGCAGAAAUACGACCGAGAUCUACUUCUACAUCCGCAGCGUCGACAACAGCAGCUCUCACUAGUCCGGCACAGAAAGAACGUGGUCGACCAGCAACUUCAUCUGUUGAAUUAUCGCAAGCAAAACCUGCAGUGUCGUCCACCGCAAAUAACAGGCUCACUGAGUACAAGACCACUCUUGCCACCUACGCUGGAAUCCCCCUCGGCCCUUUCUCGUAUUUCCUCGGGAAAACCCUGGUCGACCUUUUCCGCGUAUUCACCUACCCGCUGGCCUUCAUGAUCCCUUUUUUGCUACUGACAAGACUGGAAAUCCCCUGGCUCAGUGCGUACCUCUGCUUUUUCCUGAUUCACUGGAUGACGUCCGGGUUCGCGCAGUGGCUGUCCCUGUCCCUGGACGACGGACAGCUCGCGACGCUACUCGCGUUGGUGAUUCCCGCGCUCUUAUCCACCGUGUUUGGUGGGACCAUGCAGGGCGCGUCGUUAGUCGACAUGGAGAAGUCGGCAGAAAGAGGUAGUCCGGUGUUUCUGUGGAUCAGCCACCUAUCCGGCGCGCGGUGGUUUAACGAAUUGUUCUACAUUUACCAGUUUGAAGCCUUGCCAGAAAACAUCAAUGAGCUUCCCGCAGUCCAGAUGUCGCACAGCGCCUACGGGUUUGACAAAGAUUGGGAAGAGCGGAAGUGGGUCGUGAUAGAGGUGAUGGUAAUUCAGGGUUUCGCCUGGCGGGCUCUCGCUUUGCUCGCUCUGUAUUGUGUGCGGUACGAAAUUUCAAUCCUCCAACCGUUCAAGAGCUCGUGGCGGUGCAUGUACAGGGUCGCGAAAAACCGAGUGAGGGAAAACUUUUACAAGGACGAACUGAAGAUGGAGGAUGUGUAUGGAACGGUAAAUCCCUUGCGUGGCGGGCUAGGAGUGGAAAUCGACAUCACGAAAAUAGAAAAAAUCAGGGAAGAGGCCAGGGCGCAGGGGAAUAGAGAAAAUGCGAAGUAAUUACAUAGCGGGAAAGGAGCAGCUGUCAUCAAGUGCUGGAGGAAAGCUAUAUUGCGAAAUUCCUGUUUGCUUCAGUUUCGCUUGUGUAUAGACGGAAUCGACUCCUUACUUUGCAAUGUCAUGUAGGAUAAUUGACUGACGGCGACCGGAAUGAGCCGACCAAGACGUCG